AUGGUGUGUGAAUUUUUGGUGAAUUUGUUGCUGUCUGACUUCUAUCAAUACUCUCUCUCAUCAAUUUUUCUACAUAGCUAUCUUUUACUUUUUUUUUCUUCUUCCCUGACUGCUGUUUAUUAUUUGUGUUUACCAUUUUCUCAUUUUUUAUUUUCCUCUUCUUUUCUCUCAUUAUCUCUUCUCUAUUUCUCUCUUUUUUCUUUUCUCUUUGAUCCUCUUUUCUCUUUCUCUCUUCACCCACUCUCUUUACUUUCUCUCUUCACCCAAUCUGAAAAAUUCUCUCUUUCUCUCUCUCUUUUUUUUUCUCUCUUCACCCACUCUUUUUACUUUCUCUCUUCACCCACUCUCUUUUCUUUCUCUCUUCACCCACUCUCUUUUCUUUCUCUCUUCACCCACUCUCUUUUCUUUCUCUCUUCACCCACUCUCUUUUCUUUCUCUCUUCACCCACUCUCUUUUCUUUCUCUCUUCACCCACUCUCUUUUCUUUCUCUCUUCACCCUUUCUUUUUUUCUCUUCACUCCUCUCUUUUCUUUCUUUUAGUCUAUUCCUCUUCACCCUCUUUCUUUUCUUUCUCUCUUCACCCUCUCUUUUCUUUCUCUCUUCACCCUUCUCUUUUUUCUCUCUUUUUAUCUUUCUUUUCUUUUCUUCUUCCACCUCUCUUUCUUUCUUUCUCUUCUUUUCUUUUUUUUUUCUCUCUUCAAAUAUUUCUUUUCUUUCUCUUUUCAACUUCUCUUUUCUUUUUCCUCUUUACCCCUUUUUCUUUUCUUUCUUUCACCCAGAUUUUUUUUCUCUUUCACCUUUCUCUUUUCUUUUCUCUCUUCAAAAUCUCUUUUCUUUCUCUCUUCAAUUCUCUUUUCUUUCUCUUUCACCUCUUUCUCUUUUUCUUUCUCUCUUCACUCCUCUUUCUUUCUUUUUGAAUCAUGACUCUUUUUUUCUUUUCUUUUCACUUCUCUCUUUUCUUUCUCUCUUCACCCACUCUCUUUUCUUUCUCUCUUCACCCAUCUCUCUUUUCUUUCUCUUCACCCCUCUUUUUUUUUCUCUUCACCCUCUCUCUUUCUUUUCUCUUCAAAUCUUUCUCUUCUUUUCUCUUUCUACCUCUCUUUUCUUUCUCUUCACCAACUCUCUUUUCUUUCUCUUCUUCACCCAUUCUUUUCUUUCUCUCUUCACCCCUCUCUUUCUUUUUCUCUUCACCCAUUCUCUUUUUUUCUUUUCACCCCUUUUCUUUUUUCUCUCUUCACCCAUUCUCUUUUUUUUCUCUUUCACCCCAAUUUUCUUUUCUUUUCUCUUUCACCCUUUCUCUUUUUUUUUUCUCUCACCCCUCUCUUUUUGA